UUGUUCCACAUCUGCUGUUCUAAAUGCACUAUAUUAAAAAAAAUUCUAAAUUAAAUUUGAGAUUUUUAAAAGAAACAACCACCCCUUAGUAACAGUCUAAAGAGAGAUUUGAUUUAAAAAAAUGUCUCACCUUAUGUCAUUUUACUUAUUUUAUUGUGAGUAUAAUGCACAUUUUUCUCGUAUGGAAUAGCCACUGAACCAGCCACACCAACAUAUUUUCACCUUACAGGCAAAACUUUAUUUUUUUAAAGCCGAUGUUACUCCUUAAUACUCAUUCUUGUGACUUUAUAGUUGACUUUUCUUAUUCAUUGCACUCUAAAACUAAGUUUUACUUAAUUAUUUAAGUAAUUUUCAGCGUUGUGUAAGUUUCUUUCCACCUAAACCACCCAAAAUUCAAAAGUACUGAUACUAUUAAACUAAAAAUCCGUAAGAAUUUUUUCAGGAAUAAAGACAAAAGCUUUCACAGCGAUGAGACUGACAGAAAAGCAUCAUGUGAGCGUUUUAAAGGCCCAGUAACUGAGCUCAGAUAUGUAUGAACGCAUGAGAAAAAGAUGUGGAAUAGAGGGGGAGCGGAUACCCCUCUGAGCCAAUCACAGCGGAGCUCCUAGUGACAGACAGGCCCGACAGCCAAUCAGAGGUGAGCAUUCUUUACGGUGGGCCUGUCUUGUUGCCAGAGUUGGAUAAUGUUAAACACAGCUGUUUCUUUCUCGGUUUGGAGACUCAUUGCAGAACGCAGAGACCCAGCAGGAACAUUUUAACCAGAAUUCAUUCACGGACGCUGAGCUGAAGCUUUCAGUCGCCGUUGACUUUUCUCCAGCGGCAGCGUUUCAGCAGGAAACGUCUCGGAAAUGUUUUAAUGCGGUUUGCAGCGGCAGGAGCUCCGGACUGCACUUAGUUUGUGAACUUCAGAGCUCUCGGAUUGUGCGGCGGCUUCUUGGACCAGUUGCGAGGAACCAUGAGGACGGAGCGGCGCUGCGGGACGCUGCUGCCGAACCUGGCGGGACCAGAGAGCGGGGCGGCACCGAAGCGCCAACUGUCCGGAUGAUUCUCUGUCGUCGGUCGGGGCGGUGAGUUCGGAUCCUGCGAGCCUUCCCUCCAACUCUGUGCCCUCUGGGGGCUCCGACCUGCGGAGGGACUCCACCGACCGCCGAGCUGAGCGCUUUGGCCGCACAUGAAGCGACUUUGCGGUGAGAUUAUGGUUCCGACGGGCCUCCAGCUCCAGCUGCUGCUCCAACAACAAAGGAAACGACUCUUUCUUCUUUCAUUUCGCUGCUCUGGACGCAAACAGUGAAGGAAAUAAAAGGCGGCUUGAGUGAAAGUUGACAAAUACACUUUUUAUUUGCGUAAUUACGCACCAACUUUACGCGCACGGUGCCUUUUAUGUCGUGUUCCCUGUGAGCUGGACGUGUAAUUGUUUAACUGCCGCGUGGGGUUCAGGUGAGAGCGGCUCAGGUGAAGCGUGGGUGGAUGUGUGAGGAUGGUGGAGAGCCGGGGCUGCGUCCAGAGGGAGGGAGUGUACCGCUGGUUCUCCUCCCUCUCCUCCGCCCAGAGAGCGGAGUUCCUGUGCGGCCUGCUGGACCUCUGCGUGCCCAUCGAGCUCCGGUUCCUGGGCUCCUGCCUGGAGGACCUGGCCCGGAAGGACUACCACUCCCUGCGGGAUGCGGAGAUCAAAGCCAACAACCCGGCAGACCUGUCGGGCCUCACCAACAUCACGGACGAAGUGGUCCGCAGCAAACUGCUCGUGUCUCUCGCCCUGCUCGGCUCGGACAACCGGGAGGCGGCGGGGGUCCUGUACCGGACGCUGACCCACAUAGACACGGUGAUCAAUAACUAUGGUCUGGCGCUGAACGACGGCCGCACAGAGGAGCAGUUCCUGCUGCUGUUCACCAUGGCCUCCAACCACCCAGCCUUCAGCUUCCACCAGAAGCAGGUGCUGAGGCAGCAGCUGGGCCAGAUCCAGGACAUCCUGCAGGCGAGCAGCAGCAGCAGCAGCAGCAGCAGUAGCAGCGGUGGAGGAGGAGGAGGAGGAGGAGGAAGCAGCGACGUUCAGGCAGCAGCCGUCUGCUACUCUCAGCCUCUUCAUCAUGUCCAGCACCAGACUCUUCCUCUGUCCGACGUUAGCGCCACCUACCUGCCCAUGUCGGCCUGCCAGCCCUGCAGCGCUCACUGCAGCUGCUGGAACAAGAACCAGACCAGAGAGGCCGGAUCGUCUUCAUCGGACCAUCAGACCAACCAGGAGAUCACCUCACCUCCUCCUCACCCAGACCUCCGUCCUCCCCCGCCUCCACCUCCUCCUCCCCCACCUCCUCACCUCAGUCCUUCUCUACCUGCUGGACAGAACCAGGAAGCAGCAGCUGCGACCAAAAGCCACCAGGUGAAAACAGGAAAAGCUGCGAUUGAGAGGCUGCUGCUCAGAGGAAUCACACACAAGUCUGAGGACGGCAGCGAAUAUGUGUUCGAGGUGAGCUGGUCCAAUGGUUUGGUGUUAUCUGUGGUCAGAACUCAACAGGAGGUGGCAGAGCUGAUGUCCCAGCUGUCGCAGGCGUUUCCUGAUGAAGGAAUGGAGAAGUUCCUCCCUCAGUCCAUAGAGCUGGACCCCAGGUGUCUGACAGCUUUGCCCUGCCAUGUCCUCCAGCACCACAGCGUCCAGAUGUUCUUCACCUCCACCAGACCUCUGUCCCCCAGCUGUCCCUCCUCUCCACCCUCCUCCAUCCCAGCGCUACCAUCCUCCCUUCCUACUUCACCCGUAGCCCCGACCUCCCCGCUCACCUCCAGCUCUAAUCUUGGCUGUAUGGUGCAGUACAGAGGAGCUAACAGGGCGGUGUACCGAGUCGCCAGCGUCCAGCCGGUCGUCAGCACCCACAGCUCCGUCUCCACUCGGUCCACUCCUCACCUCUCCCCCCUCCCACCUCCUCUUCCUCCCUCCAUCCCUCCUCCCCAGCACUCCCCCCAGCUCUCCUCCCUGCCUCCCCCAGUACCGUCCUUACCCGCCCGGGGAUCCAGUGGAGGUGACAUCACCUCCCAGCCUCACCCCCAGCAGUACUCCCAGCACCACCUCCAUCCACAGACCAGCAGCCAGCCCAGCACGCACCUGUCCCAUUCCCAGUCACAUUCCCGAUCCCAGUCCCACCUACAGCCACCAUCCCAGUCCCAGCCCAGCACUCUGGAGCAGAACAGCAUCCUGGACUGGCUUCGUCGGCUGCGACUCCACAAGUAUUACCCUGUCUUCAGACAGCUCACCAUGGAGGAGUUUUUAGCGCUGACAGAGGAGGACCUGAACAAGUACGAUCUGACCCAAGGAGCAAAGAAGAAACUGAAGACCCAGCUGGAGUUACAAAAGACAGCAGACAGGGAGAUGAAGAUGGAGAAACGUUUGUGUGGCGGCAUCGCCAGGGUGACGCCUUCCAGCCACAUGGGACCUUCAGCUCACCAAAGCUCCGCUGCAGAGCUUCGGGUAGAGGUGGACGGAGCGUCGCACCAUCAUCCCGUCUCCACUGACAGCAGCUCGUCGUCGGGUUAUUCCAGCUCCUCCUGCUCCCCUCGAAUGCCUCACUGCUGCGACGCCUUCGACAGAAGCAGAGACCUUCACAGACGAGGUCCAGAUGCAGCAGUAGGUCCAGAGAAGGACCGGUCCUGCCUCUUCAUCCUGAACUCCAGCUGCUCCAGUCGACCCACCGCCCAGGUUCUUCCCGUCCAGACCGACCCGGCUCCUCCCCUGCCUCCCCCCUGCUCCUCCCACCUCCCGUUCGGCCUCCCCCAGCCCCCCUACCAGCCCAGCUACCCCCAGACGCUCCUCUCUCCGGUUUCCAACCCGGCCCGCAUCCUUACCUCGCCGCGUAAGCCCCGCCCCCCUCCGCUGUGCUCAGAGGACCGGACUAAGCCGCUGGGUUCGGGGCUCCCUGCGCCUGGACCGGGCUUCGGUUCUGGGCUGGGGGUGGGGGUGGGGGUGAGGCUGGAGAACGUGUUCCCGGCGGUUCUGGACGGGUCCUCGGGGCUGCAGGACUCGGGCCGCGGUGGUUCUGGCGAUACCGGGGGUCUGAUGGUGGAGACCAGCUCGGCUCUGACCUCCACCUCCAACAGCCUCCAUCACGUCUCCCACCCGCCGCUCCACUUCCACCUCUCCUCCUCCUCCUCCCCCUCUCCAUCCGGGUACUACUCCCACCCUCCUCUUCCCUCCUCAUCCUCGGGCUCCUGCACCUCCUCCAAGUCUCACGUCUCCAUGGCAACAGCCAGCAGCGUUCCCGUGGCGGCGGUCCCCGGCAACACCUACUACCCUCCUCAGCCCAUCUCCAGCCCGUCGCCCUCCUCGGCCUCCUCCUCCUCCUCGCUGGAUCAGAGUUCGGGUCACGGCCCGUCCAUGUGCGUGUGCAGCUCCUGUGGUUGCCGUGGUAACUGCGGCGCCUACGGAGCGUUGCCGGGAUACGCGGCGGCCGGAUACCUGCAGCCGUUCUCGGCCGGACCCUCCCUCUUCACGCUGGGCCCCCUGCUCCACCUCAGCCCCCUCAUCUCGUCCAGCGCCGCCUCCGGAGCCACGCCCUUCUCCUACCCCAUGAUGGUGCCGCCGCCGCUCUACCGCCACAGCCCCGUGUCACACGACCAGCAGCAGGGCUUCGGGUUCUACCAGCCGCACGGCAUCAUGGGAAGCCAGAAACGGGCGGCGGGGCACCUGUCGUGUUACAACUGCGGCGCCAACGGACACCGAGCCGAGGACUGUAAGCAGCCGCCGAUGGACUCAGCACAGCAAGGAACUUUCCGGCUGAAGUUCACUCCUCACUCUGACAGUAAGGACUCAGUGGAUUAACAGGUGAGGAUCUGAACUGCCGACACAACCGUACCUCACGAAGACGAGCUGCUUAAAAGACUCCAGACCUGAACGCACAGACGCUUUUCUGAUUCUUUCACCAAGACGUGAAGAUGAGAGGAGGACGCAGAAGAAACGGUGUGUUUCUCUCAGAUCUCCUCAGCUACAAACACGAGCUGCAAGAGAAGCUGAACUUUAUUAAACUCUGCUUCAACCUACACCGUUGUUUAACCGCAAAAUCGCAACAACAGCAGCAGCUCACCUGCCAAACAGCGGAGCUUUUCUAGCAGCCUGGAGGAUUCAAACCAAAGGCUCGUCAAAAGAACUUUAGUCAAGUGUAUUUUUCACUUGUUCAAGUCAAAUCGUGCACUUACUGCAGCCCGUAUUGUGGCUGCUUUAGAUACACAACACACACACAGUUACAGGUUUGGUUCAGUGUUUUCUCUACUUGGUUUAGUUUUACUGAAGUUUCGUGGCACUUCAGUCGGUUUUCUUCUGUAUGUGGUCAGAUCAGGAUUCAGCUCGUUGCUUAUAAUGGUUGAUUUGUCCUCAGUAAGAGUCACUUUAAUCUUCUCAUUUUAAAAAUCAAUGUAGAUCCACACUGACAGAGCAUUCAGUGUUUACUGGUCAACAGUUUAAAACAAGCAGUAGGAAAGUCCAUUAUGCCAGAUUUAUGGUAAAUAAAUGUUUACAUUUUUACUGUCAGCUCCCAUAAUGAUCAUGUCCAGGUGCUGGAAAGAACAAAAACAACCUGAAUAUAAGUAUGUGUCAAAUAUGCUGCUGUUACGCCUGAUGCUCAUCAACAGUAUAUUAAUUUGCAGUGAAUUUAUUCCGUUUCAUUCUGAUAUGAACCUUUAAUUAAACUCCUAUGCACCUGUUUGUAUACAGGUGAGCAAACGGCACCUUUUUUUGCACAAAGUUGCAAAGUCACGCACACCUUUUCUCAGCUACAGUUAAAUAGGAAAAUCUUCAGCAGCCACUCACAAAUCAAGGAAUUCAGUCUAUAAAUAAACACUUGCCUUAUGGAAGAAGCAUUUUAAAUGGAACCGGAGAAGAAAGCUGCACCGGCCUUCUUCUUCUUCUUCUUCUUCUUCUUCUUCUUCUUCUUCUUCUUUGUUGUUUUCCUCCACCAGUGCCUGAGGAUGAACCAUCGACUGUAUAGGAAACAUGGGCAACAUGUUGUGCCCAUAAAUAUAUAUAUUUAUAUAAAGAAAAGAUGGCUGGUGUAAAAAGUGAAGCCAGCAGUGAAGUGCCUUAAACCUGUAUUCUCUAUAACAGCCAGCAGGAGGCGACUCCUCCGGCUGUAAAAGAUUCUAUAGAAGCCUAUGAGAAAAUGACCCGAUUUCCCACUUGAUUUGUUACCUUACUGAACAUUUUCCUAAUCAUUUUGUGGUUUCAAGUGCUAGUUUUAAGACUCAGUCUAUACGGAAUGAUGUUAAUUUUGUAAAUUAUGACAAAAUAUUUUUAAAAACAGUGUUGUCCAGAGCUCAAAGACAUCCAGUUUGCUGUCAUAGAGGAAUAAAAAAACAACAAAAAAUAUUCAAAUUUGAGAAGCCAGAAUCAGAAAAAAUACUAAUUGUUGCCCCAAAGACUAUUAUAUAUUAUAUAGCAUUAAAAAAAACAGCACAACCAGUCUAUGGGGAGACAAAGAGUUGAUAUGUAGCUUGAAAAUACUAAAUGUAGAGCGAGCAUUGGAGAUGGUACAUAAAGAUAUGUGGCUCUUGGGUUACUUGAAGUUCAAGUGUUGACCUGGAUACCACGUCUACACACACUCAUUUCCACAAUAUUUGGGUUUUAUACAGUGGAGGAAGUGUGGAUCCAUCUUUAUACGCCGUUUUUGGUGGUUUUUUUCUACCUCUGAGCCAACCUGAGAGCAAAACGGCGUUCCCCUACAACAGGACAAUCCGUUAGACUGAAUUAUUUCCAGAGCGUUCAGUGUCUGCAGUUUACAUCAGGGUGGAUAAACAUUUCAAAGUGCCAAUUAUCUCCUCGUUCUGUCUGGUCUUUGGUUUUCAUGCUUCAGUGGGGGAUGUUGUCGCUCCAGCAGAGAUGGAGCUGCCUAUUUUUGUAAUCCAUGUGUCUUUCUGCAAACGUUAGCGGGUGGUCGUAGAGUUUAAAGAGUUAGAGGAAUUGAGAGGAAGUGUUUGUGAGUGUGUUGGAGUCUCUGGCGGUGGGCGAGUUGCUGGGCAGGACCCGAACAGACAUGAGGACAGCUGGUCCUUCACAUGAAACUCUAUCUGUGCCCCUGGAGGGUGCAGCACUGGGACACGGGGCGCUUAUUUAAAAUGGAAAAUACUGAACUUUAAUAGUAUGUGUAACAGCUUCUAUCUGCAAUGUGCUUUUGUAUUGUAAUAAAAACAUCUUUGGGGUUUUGUGUUUGGGGCUCAGAAUCAGUUAUUCAGCUGAAUGUUAAUUCAAAUUUCUGCAGCGCAACUGUCUCAGUCGACAUGGUGUUUUUUCAAUUGUUGCCUUGGAUUUUCUUUUUUUUUUAAAUAGCUUUUACCAAAGAACAGGCUUCUAUGUUUGGACACAUGGUUCCACUUUUGUAGGUUUUAUUUAGUUUUUGUGACUCUUUGAGCAGCAGAACGUGACAAAGUGACGCUCCAGCAUGCAUGUCGCUUCAUCUCUGGUUAAGUGUGUUUUUCAGAUAUUUGUGUGCAAAUGUUUGAAUACCGUUUAUAAUUACCCAGUUCAUUUGUAACAGGUUGGAUUUUAUAUUUCUUAUUGUGUUUUAAGACUUGACUGUUCUGAUGUUUGAGGGAUAAACAUGUUUAAAGUAAUAAAAUAUUUUCUGAUUCAGCCUUUCA